AUGGAAGACAUAUCGACAGAUCAAGUUAAAAUUCAACUCGAUUUUCUAAGAAAGUUAGAUUUGUUUUGUAUUUUCAAAUUUAUAAUUACUAAUGAUAUUAAAAUAUAUAAUGAAAAAUCUUAUGAAAUAUUAAUAAAUAUUGUUAAUUCAUAUAAAAUAAUUAACAUCCAAGAAUCAAAAAAUAUUUUUUUUGAAAACCAUAAAGUAUAUAACAAAUUUUUCUGUAAUUCAAAAAAUUUAUAUAAAAAAAAUAACAAGCCAAAGUCAAAUACAUAUAAUCACAAUUUUUCAAACUAUACAAAUGAAAAUAAUAAUAUUACCACUGGAUUUUCUACCUGUAGUAAUUCACCAAAUUGCCUAUGCGGGAGUUCCAAUUUAAGUAAUUGUAAUGUACACGAAAGUGAUCUAGAAAAAAAAAAUGAAAACAAUUGUGACAUUAAAAAGAAAAGAAAAAAUGCACUCUAUUCAAAUGAUUCAAUGUUUUCAAAAGACUUGUGUAAUACUACAUUAUUCAAAAUAUUUAAAUUUCCUAAAAAUGAAAAAGUAAUUGAUUAUAUAAAAAAUGAUCUUUGUCUUGAUGCUUUUAUAAAAGAACCAUUAAAUAUUAAUUUAUGUUUUGUAAAAUUUGAUAAAAAUAAUAAUAAAAAAAAAAAAAGAAAAAAAACACGACGAAUUAAAAAUGAACUAAUGCAAUCACAUACAAAUGUAUAUAAUAGUGAUUCAGAAAUUUUAAAUAAACUUUUUAGAAAUUCAUGUAAUUGUCAUGAUAUAAAAUCGGGACAAAAUCAAAUCUUAUCAUCAAGUUUUAUUUCAAAUAAUGUAGCCACUGCCACAAACUCAAAUAUAACAACCAAUGGAACAGACAUUAAUACAUCAGAAAAUAUAUUAAAUACAAAAAAUACAUUUACUGAAACAGAUAAAUCCCUUUCUGACUUCUCGGAAAUACCAUCCCCCUUAAAAAUUGGUGAACAAAGCAAUAUAUGCAAUAACAACUGUAAUCCUACUACCCCCAAUGAUUUAUUUUAUGUACCCUGUACAAUGUCAGAAAGUGAAUCAUCUUUAAGUCACUAUAGUGAUAGCGUAUAUGUUGAGCAUAAAGAAUCUGAGACUGAAAAUGAUUAUCCUAAGAAGUUUGAAAAAAGUGUAGAAGGUUCUGAAAAAUGUGAUCAAGCAUGUCCACAAUAUUAUGAAAAAUCUUUUGAAAAAAGUUUUGACAAAAAUUUUGAAAAAAGCUUUGAAAGAAAUUUUGCUAAAAGUUCCGACACAAAUUUUAAUACAAAUUAUGGAGAUCACGUAAAAAAUAAUUGGGAUAGCAAAAGGGAAAUAGUAAGACAAAAUAACAAUAAUGUGAAAAUGAAAAAUCAAUACACAUCUUUUAAGCUACCGAAAUAUAACUCAAACAUAUAUAAUAAAACAAAUAACAGUAACAAUAUUAUUAACAAUGGGAACAGAGAAAAUAGUAUAACUAUUGUAAAUAGUCCAUACUGUGAUGUCACAUUAUGUUUUAGUCACUUCUCUCAAAUCCACAACAUUUUAAAUCGGGAUCCAAACGGAUUAAGAAAAAUAAAAAUGAUGUUAAAAAAAAAUAUCGGAACUAUUAAUAUUUCCCCAUUUUUUAUAAAUUUUGAUAGUAAUCAAAUAUUUAAAAAUAUAUGUAAAUCUUUUAAAUUAACUAAAUAUAAUUAUAAAGAAAGAAAUAUAUAUGAUCUUAUAAAUUUAUGUUUUAGUAAUUCUCAAUCAGUAGAUAUCGUAAGGACAGUUUUCCUCAACGACUUAUAUAAACAAGAAUUACAUAAAAAUGAAAAUAAUCAUAAAAAAAAUUAUAAAAAAAAAUAUAUUUAUAAAAAAAGAAAAAAAGAAAAUAUAUUAGAAAUAUUAGAUGAACAAAAAAGGGUUUAUGUUUUAUAUUUUAUUAAUCGAUUUUUAUACUCACAAAAAACUCCACUUUCAAAUUUGUUUAAAAAUUUUAAACAAAAUCAAAUUAAACAAUCAGAAGAUAUGAGCAUGGAAAAUGAUCCUAACUAUGAUGAACUAACAAUCGAUUAUUUUAUUUUUCUAAUGAUCUUUGAAAAUAAAAUAGAUCAUAAUUUUUACAAAUUUAUUAUCAAAAAAAUUAAAGACAGUAAAACUAUAUUCUCUCCUAUAACAUCAGAAAAAAGUCAAACCCCAGAUUUUAACACAAUCAUAAAACCGAUCAAUCAAAAAAACGAGCAACUUCAUAAUUCAAAUAAUUAUAGCCCAAAACAGUUUUUAAAUGAAAAAAUAAGUUCAGGUAUAUUAUCAAACAUUUCAAAUCCUCAAACUUAUAUACAAGAUAAGUUUAGUGAUACUAAUGAUGUUUUAGAGAGUACAACAAAAUAUGGUACUACAAAUUAUGAAAGUGGUUACACUACCCAUGAUGAAAUAAUAAAAGUUGAAAAUGUAUCAAAUAGUUUUGAAUAUACUUUAAUGAAUGCUAGUACAUUAACAAGUAAUACUGAAGUGAGUUUAACUAGCCAAGACUCCACAUGUUUAAAUUAUAAAAUGCAAAAUGAAGAUAUAAAAUAUAAAACAAAAAAUAAUAAAAAUCAAAAUGAUGAUGGAGAAGAUGAAGAAUAUGAAGAAGAAAUAAAAUGUAUCAAAAAUAAAACAGAAAUUGAAAAUGAAAUAAUUUUACUUAAACAUAUUAGACCAUUUCCAACAAUUUAUUGGCUAGUUAAUAAAAAUAUAUGUGGAUAUAUAUCCCAUUUAGAAAAAGUAAAUAUUAUAAAAAAUAUUGAAAAUCUUAUAAAUCAAAAAAAUGAAGAAUUUAAUUUAUUACGACAUUUUUUAAUUUAUGAUCAUUUAAAAUAUAUUAUUAUAAGAUUAAGACAUAUUAAUAAAAAAAUUUUAUUAUUUUUUUAUAUGUUUUUUUUAAAUUCUGAUAUAUUUUUAAAACAAUAUCAAGAUAAUAAAAAUAUAGAAGAUAUAACAAUAGGUACAUAUAUUAACCCUUUUCAAAUACAACCUAAUAUAUUAAAUAUAUUUUUACAAAUAUAUCAAAUUGAUAUAAAUACUAUUUCAGAAAUACUUCGAAAAAUUAAUACAUUGAGAAUAAAAGGAAUUGGAGGGAUACUCAACUUUUUGACAUUAAAAUGUUUACAUCUUUAUUUUGCAUCCCAUUUGUCUUAUCCUAAUACUGUUGGCCAUAUAUUAGAAGAAUUUUUUAAGUCGUAA